AUGGUCAUGGCGGGACCCACGGAAGCGGGUGUCAAGGAGAGGUUGCUGGCGAGAGAGGCGCAGCUAGAAGGCUAUCAAGAGAGCGAGAGGGAGCGGCUGCAGACGCUGGCUGGUUUGGAUCUGGAGCUACACGGCGAAAUCCCGUCGCCAUAUCUCUCUGCCAAGGUCAAGAUAAGGAAAAAUAAGACAGUGAUCAAGGAGGUGCAGUACAAGGGGGAGCGUUUCUACGGCUCACAGGAGGUGCUGAGGGCGGCUUCCGAUCAUUUCCGGGAAUCGUUCAGCGAGCAGACGGGAACGGAGAGACAGGAGGGGGGGACGGUCGAAGUGGCUACUAGCUUACCGGGUGAUGCGGCGGCGAGGCUCUGUGCCCCGUGGACAGAGAGAGGGGUGAAGGAGGCACUCGCGGGGCUGCCGAGAGGCAAGUCGCCGGGCAGGGACGGGUUGCCACCGGAGCUUUUCAGGGCUCACUGGGAUCUGUUGGGUGGGCCGCUGAUAGAAUUUGCGAAAAGGUUCGAGAGGACGGGCCACUUGGAUGAGGCCUUAUCCACGGCGGUCACGGUCCUGCUGCACAAGAAGGGGCCGACGGACCAAUUAGGGAACUACCGACCCAUCACGCUCCUCAGCACGAUCUACAAGGUGCUGGCGAAGGUGCUCGCGAACAGACUCAAAAAAGAACUUCACCUGGUGAUAUCGGAGGACCAACACGGCUUCGUUUCGGGGAGGAGCCUGGCGGAAGCAGUAUCGGUGGUCGCGGAUGCGGUGGAGGCGGCGGACAACGGGGGAGAGGACUGGUUUCUCCUGAUGGUGGAUUUCCAAAAAGCGUAUGAUACAGUGGCGAGACCGUACCUGUUUGAGACGAUGAGGAAGCGGGGAAUACCGGAUGAGUUCGUGAGAUGGACGGAGGGGCUGCACCACGGCUCAGGGACGUCAGUGGUGAUCAACGGCUGGGUCAGAGAGAGGGUGGAGAUGAAGAAGGGAGUGAGACAAGGUUGCCCGCUGGCGCCGUAUCUCUUUCUCUGUGCGUUGGAGCCGUUAUACCUGGAGGUUAAAAAGCAAGGGCUGGGCGUGAAGGAGAAGGAAGGGACGGCGGAGUUAGCGUAUGUAGGAUAUGCGGACGACACAACACUCAUACUGAAAGGAGAGGAACAGCUGAGGUCGGCAGCAGAAGCGCUGGAGCAGUUUGGCAGGAUAUCAGGUCUGCGAACAAACAACGACAAGUCGGUGGUCAUGCCGAUCGGAAGGAACAAAGGGAGGCAGUCGGUGGAGGGAGUACCUUUCAAAUGGGCGGAAGCGGGUGUACGAAUCGACAACAUGGCGGUCAAAAUGGUGGGGAAGAUGCUAGCGGAGAAGAACGCGACGAAGAAAUGGUUAGCAGAGAAAGCGGCGGCGUUGCCGCAAGGAGAAGCAACGUUUUUUGCGGACCCGUCGGCGGGGAAGCACUGGCCUGGGGGCAACCAAAGGUGGAAAGCGGCGGUGGAGGCGUUCUGGGAUUCCCCGUACGCGGUGCUGCCGGAGCCAUCAUGCGGAUGGGAGGUGGAGCAGGAGUGCCUCUGCUUCAAUCGCAGGAUCAUGUUCAGAGGAAAGAGCCCGUACGGGAAUCAACAGGGGACAGAGGAUUUAAGGAAGAAGAAGAUUGGGGAUCUGGUAUCAGGGGGACCGGGGGCGGAGCGCAAGGUGAAAAGCAAGGAGACGCUGAGAGAGGAAUUAGGAGGAGUGGCAGUGGCGAGAUGGGCGCUGAUGGCGUACGCGGCAACAUCGGAAGAAUGGAAGAAAUUGGCAAUUGCGGGGAAGACGGCGGAGAAACUGGUGGAAGUGGCGGGCGUGGUGAGGACGUUCUUACCACGGACGCAGGAGCAUCUCUAUUGGAAGGUGUCGGGGGCUAAAGAGGAGAAAGUGACGGUGUCAAGCGCGGAGCUGACCAGGGAGGCUAAGAUAGAGGAAUGGGCCGAACUAGUCAAGGCGUCGUUCAGGCCGGAGUAUGUGGAACCAAUAGCUACCAGAGGCGGCAGAGUGCUGGGAGUGGUGGGCGCCCCGGCGGUAAGGCUGAAACUGUCUAAGCUGUUCGACGACGAUGGAGCGCUGUCGAGGAUUAAGGCGAUACGGCGGGUGCUAGCAGGGCCAACCACGGCCUCAAGGAAAAGGAGCGAAUGGGAGGAAAGAUGGGGGAGGAAGAUAGACUGGAGGAAGGUGGAGAGCAGGAGGGAUUCGAUGGUGAUCCCCAACAGGGCAAGGGAUGUACUGCUGAUGAUGCACUGCCUAAACCUACAAGUGGGUGGCAGACUGAAGUUCCUGGGCGAGAGGGCAAGGUGUUCACAUUGCGGGGAGCCGGAAACGCUGGAGCAUUGCAUGUUCAGCUGCCCCCUCGUCCAGCCGGUGAUCGGCGCGCUGUUGCGGUCGCUACGGAUGCUGGACCCCUCCAGCAACCCGGACUCACUAGGAGCCCUGCUUUUCGAGGAGGGGCAGACGCGAUCCGGUUUCACUUCCGCAACGCUAGUGGCGACUACUUUCCGCCACAUCUGGCUGGCGAGCAACGUGGUCUGGCGGGGGGAAACCUUUCAGAGGAAGAAGGUGGCAAGAGGGGCCAUCAGGGAGUUUGUGCAGCAUGCCCAGGUGUACCGUACGGAGCUGACGAGGAAGGCGCGUAGGAAGGGUACAGCACAGCAAGGGAUAGACCCAUGGCGUGACCUAAAGGGAGAUGAGAGAGCGGCGGUGACGUUGCUCAGCGAACUAGGGGGAAAGGCCACGUGGAGCGACGGGUUUCUCUCCAUUUGGCGCAACCCCAGAACGAUCAGGCAGCCUCCGUAG